AUGGUUGAGAACUCUCCAGCCCCGUUGCCCGAAAGAGCAAUAUAUGGAUUUGCUCUCUUCUUGGGGUCGUGGUUUGGCUUUAUUCUGUACCUUAUCUGGGCAUACAUUCCUGAGACUUGGCUAUUCUCAUUGGGACUAACAUACUGGCCUCAAAAGUACUGGGCAGUUGCUGUGCCUGCGUAUCUACUAGUUACUAUUGGAAUCGGCUAUGUAUUACUUUUUGGUAUGAACAUGAUGAGUACAGCUCCACUCAACUCUACACAUACUAUUACUGAUAACUAUGCAAAAAAGCAACAACAGAAGAAAUUUCAAGAAGAAGCAAUUCCUGCAUUAAGGGAUAUUUCCAUCAGUGAAGUAAACAGGAUGUUUUUCCUUCCUGAAAAAGACAUCUCCAAUAACAAAUAAUUAUAUUUAAGGUCUAUCUAAAUCAAGUA